GAAUUUAGUGGGUUGGCCUAAAACCACCUUUCUGCUUAUAAAAGGCAAUAUAAUCCUACUGUCAUAUCCACUAUACUUGCAUACCUGCUUCUGACCUACUUCUUGCAUAAUCAUGUCAUACUUGGCACCAAUCCUUGAAAUUGGAGGGCAAGGAGGACAAGGUUUUAAUUUUGAUGGUAUUACAAAUGGAGCCACACUGAAACAGAUCUGGGUGUGGGCCGGUGGCUGGCAGAUAAAAGCCAUCAAGGUUUGGCUAACUGAUGGCCAGUCCAAGCAAUUUGGUAACUCUGAUGGGAAGUAUUCAGAAUUUAUAUUUGAAGAUGGAGAGAAUUUCACCUCCCUUUCACUUUGGGGAAACGGAGCUGGAACACGUCUGGGUGCCAUCAAAUUCAAGACAAAUAAGUCCCGAGAGUUCUUUGCACAGAUGACAGAAUGGGGGCUGAAAAAAGAAUAUCCAAUUGAUGUGGGUUCUGGGAUCUGCAUGGGAAUCGGAGGACGUGCUGGUUCAGAUAUUGAUAGCUUAUGCUUUAAAUUCAUCAACACCAUCAAGUCUACAAAGCUAACAAAUGUUCAGUAUCCCACACUUCACAAUGUGAUACCUAAUGUGGCUGUUGAGGAAAUCAAAUCCAAUACAUACCAUAAUAAUACUACUGGAGCUCAAGAAUAUAAAAUAGAAUCCUCCAAAACAGUCACCAGAAAGUCAUCCUGGUCCGUUACCAACAAGCUGGAAGCCUCAUUUAGUAUGGAAGUGAAGGCAGGAGUUCCAGAGGUUGUGGAAGUAACAGCUGGAUUCAGUCUCACAGUGGGAACCGAGAGCUCGUAUGGUUUAGAGAACACUGAGGAGAAAUCUGAGCUGUUCUCAUUUCCUGUUAAAGUUCCUCCAGGGAAAACCGUAGAUGUGCACAUCACUAUUGGUCGGGCUACAGUUGAUCUCCCCUACACUGGAACAGUCCAGAUUACCUGCUACAAUGGCAGUGUGCUGGAGUUUAAAACCAGUGGAACCUACAAAGGGCUCAGCUACACUGAUGCAAAAGUAGUUGUGAAUGAAUCUGGAAAAAGCCUCUAAAUGAUACAGCUUCAGAAUAAGCUUGGUGCAGAUGCAUAUUUUUUGAUCAAGUGAUUUUUUUUUUAGAAGAUCUUUUUUUUAGAAAAGAUUUUUCUUUCAUACUGUUUCACCUACAGUACAGUUUCACCUACACUUCAACUGCUUUAAAGAUGAUUCUUGUGCUUUUUAUAAUCUGUAAAGAGUUUGAAUGAAUAAAAUUGACCUGUACUUCUGAGUUUGAAUAAAAAUCUGCUAAAUUGUG